AUGGCCUCCUCGGACUCUCCUAAGAAUAUAGUAGUAAUCGGCGGCGGCAUCAUCGGCAGCACAUCCGCCUACUUCCUCUCGCACCACCCGUCCUUCGACCGCAACCGUGACAGCAUCACCCUCCUCGAGUCCACCAAGAUCGCCGGCGGCGCAUCGGGCAAAGCAGGCGGUCUGCUCGCGCUAUGGGCGUAUCCCUCCAGCAUCGUGCCUCUAAGUUACAGGCUUCACAAAGAGCUGGCAGACAAGCAUGGAGGUGCUCAACGCUGGGGCUAUAGGGGUGUUAAUUGCGGCCAGAUUGAGAUGAAGGGCCGCUCGGUAGACCCGAAGGCCAUGGACGGCAAGAACAGCAACGGCGAGAUCGAAGCAGCGAAAGCGCCGCUUGGCGGUACCGGCAAAGAAGCCGACACUCGGGUCUCGCUCAAGAAACGUACCAAGGAAGCCUUGGGCCUUCUUAGAAGGGCUGGCGUGCCCGAAGACCUCGAUUGGGUCAUACCUGAGAACAUCAGGGCAUAUGAAGAGAUGGGCGACCCCAGCACCACGGCGCAAGUCCACCCCUACCAAUUCACCACGUCCAUGGCCUCCCUAGCCGAAGAAGCCGGCGUCAAGAUAGUUUACGGCUCCGCCACCAGCAUUGACAAAUCUGCAGACGGAUCAGCCGUCAAAUCCGUAACCUACAGUCCCAAAGCCCCGGACACACCCAACGACUCUAACGCAACCGCCGAUCCCUCGUCCGGCGAGACGAAGGUCCUACCCGCCACGCAUGUCGUACUGUCCGCCGGCCCCUGGACCCCCACCAUCCUCCCCGGCGCCCCCAUAUCCGCCCUCCGCGCACACAGCGUAACCAUCAAAGCGGACGUCUCGCCCUACUGCCUCUUCACAUCCAUAACCCUUCCUGCUUCGACAGGUAAAACCGGCGAAAGCAGGCGCAAACAGCGUCAGUCCACCCAGACCGUGACGCCGGAGAUAUAUGCGCGGCCGAACAAUGAGAUCUACGCCUGCGGCGAAGGCGACCACCUAAUCCCGCUUCCCAAAUCGACGGACCUGGUCCAAGUCGACGAGAGCAGGUGUCAGGAUAUCGUGGAGUACGUCUCUGCCAUCUCGGACGAGCUGCGAGAUGGCGAGGUCACGGCGAGGCAGGCGUGUUAUUUGCCGAAUGUGAGUCGAGGAUCUAGUGGGCCGAUUAUUGGCGAGACGAGUGUGAAGGGGCUGUUACUCGCUACGGGACAUACUUGCUGGGGGAUUCAGAAUGGGCCGGGGACAGGGAAGCUGGUGUCGGAGAUUGUGUGGGACGGUAAGGCGAGGAGCGCGGCUAUAGGGGCGUUGGAUCCGAAGAGAUGGGGGCUGUAG